AUGUCGGAACACUCCGCCUCGCCUACUUCUACUGAAAAGCGAAGACUCAAUGAGGACACAAUUUCCUCAUUGCCAAGAAAGUCUUUCCAAGUCACUAUGACAGGCGGAAUCAUGUACCAAGGCCACAGUUGCGCCACUCUGGCAACUCAAAAUAGUAGUAGUGACAACGAUGAGAGUUUUCUCGAUGAAGAGUCUCGCCAAAGUAUGGAAAAACUCCAACUCAGUGCCAAGAGACGCCAGGAGCGGGAAGCCCAACUCCGACUUUCCAAAUUCCACGGCGAAGGUGCCAUGGUGGACCCAGAAUCCAAUUGCAAUCCCAUGAACAUCUCUGCCGACUCGACCAUGGACUCUAGCCAACAAGGCUCCAGUGUGCAAGAAUUUGGCGAAUUGGUUUCAGAUGAUGGAAAGAAAGCCACAGAAGAAAAGACAAUCUGUGGGUUUACCAAGAAACAGUUUUGUUUCCUGCUCGUGGCAACUUUUAUUGUAACGCUUGCGGGGGCCAGUAUUCCCACCGUCUUUGUCACAUCCAAAGAGGCCAUUGCCACACAGGCUCCUUCGGUAUCCAUGGUACCCAGUGCCGCACCAUCUCUUUCUAUGGUGCCGAGUGAUCAACCAUCCCUGGUACCAACCAACACCUUUCAGCCUUCCUCUAUCCCCUCGGAUCUACCCUCCACAGUACCCUCCAUUGUUCCUACCGAUACCUACAAGCCCUCUCAACGACCAUCCAAUGUGCCUUCCUUGUCGCUGGUUCCAUCCUCCCAGCCCACCAAUUCCAUGGUGCCAUCCGAAGUACCUUCCAUGGUGCCCACGGACACUCAAUCCCCGAGUCGGGCUCCCACACCUUUGCCAAGUGUGGAACCCUCGCUCAGUAUGGAACCCACCUUUACCCCCAUUGAUCCCAAUUGGCGAUUCAAAUUGAGAUUGCACUGGAGUAAGGACUACUUUUGGCAAGAGGAAACGACCGAACGCUUUUGGUGUUUGGAAUGUGUGCCUUGUGAGGAAUAUGGAAGAGAUGAUGGAUGGAAACAUGGCUGCGAAUCGUAUCCAGAUGGCUCGAAUGGCAAUUGCAAAGCGGGGGAUUCAGUUUGGAUCCGUGACUGCCGCAAGUACGGAAACGAAUACAAUGUACUGCAAAAGCACAAGGCUGGCUUUACCUUGCGAUUGCACAAUACCAAUCUCUGUAUUGAACGAAGGAACAAGCACCUAAUGAUGAAAAAGUGCAACAUUAAUGAUCCGGAUCAACAGUUUGUGGCCUGGGAUGAUUUCAGCAAGUUUGAGCUGAGACCUUUGGAGCAUGCGGGAAGGAAUGAACGAGAAGCGGAUUGUGUCUCGCAACUGCAUCACCCGAAAUCGGACGAGGUGGUGGGAAUGCACAGCUGUUGGUUGUGCCGACACUUUGAGACACGCUACUGGGAAAUUUACAAGUAA